AUGCCCAGGAAUGGUAGUUGGCCAUUGCAAAGUAGAAUGAUCAAGCAUAAUCAUCGCCUUCUGGUAUUCACAUCUGUAACUUCCAAGGAGGCUUCUGAAGGCAUUGCAUUCGAGUGGAAUUAUGUGGUAGAAAAUAAAUAUGGCGAUGAAGGAAUGAAUUCAACCUCGUGCCCCAAUCGAGCAGAAUCGUCACCCAUGAACACCACAUCCAAAUCUCUUAUGAUGCAGAUGGCAUGCCACCAUUUUUCUGCCAAGCGCUGGGCCAACUUCGUAGCUGUUGAUUUCUAUUUGUUGGGUGAUGCUUCUGAAGCCGUAAAUGUUGCAAAUGGACACAUGGUUUGUGGAUGUGAUAAUGUUGCCUAUUGCAGGGUGAGUUCAACAUUCCAAAAACUCUAUGUUUUUAAUAGUAUUGUUCCAAAACAGAAUGCUGAAAUGUUUUCAGAUAUAGUAUCUGACAAAUUGAAACGUUGGUGA